AACUAGAAUUAAAUUAAGGACACCUAGCUUAACAGAUUUGCGAUUUCAAUAUGGCGAAGGUGGAAGUUGCAGAAAUGCAGAGCUCCGUCCACGAAAAAGAUAAGAAUGUUUUGGAGUUUAUGGAUUCAACUGACAGCUAUCUAGUUCUGAUGAAUUCUCUCUCUUCAUCACUUCGCCAGGGAUGGUUUGAGUUGGCGAGUGCUAGGCAUUCCAUGGGUGCUUCACGUAUCAAUAGUGCUUUGUUUGACCUCAAGUAUCAUUCUGCUGCCACUACGUUGCAGUUAAACAAUUUGGAUGCUGGGCCUGAAUUGGAGAAAUUGCAUUUCAGUUUGUGUAAGUGGGCAUCGUCUGAGAGUCCAAAAAGCUCUUCUGAGGAAGCAAAAUUUGAGGAGGAUAAACUAUUACAGAGGAAAUCCAGUAGCCCAAAGGUUCUGAAGCAGGACGGUUCCUCAAAUUCUGCACCUGAUUUGUUAGUGCCAUGGAAGUCCAGUUUAAGGAAUGCUUCUUCGACACUUACAGCAAAAGAUAAUGCUCGAAAAGAGCGGCUCAAGUCAUUAUCCAUGUUUGGGAUGCUGGUCUCUCCCAAGCUUCGAGCUGCCCAAUUGUCAUUUGAGACAGCUCUGGAAACUCUCGUAGAAGUAGCAAAUAAACGGGCAGACCUGCUUAAUGCUUAUGACCAGGUGCGAGAAAAGAUGGAGAGCACCACCAAAUGACCAAAGAAGCCCUGUCUGGAGACCUCGCCUCCUUCCGACCUUGCUCAGUAGCCUGCAUUCUUCGCCAGAGGGGAUUAAAUCGAAUAAAUGCAAAAAGGGUCCCACCUAAAUAAGAAAAACAAAAAGGAGAAAAAGAAAGAUGAGGAACAGACUCAAAGGUCUGGAGAUGGUGGCAUUGGUGAACCAGAGAGAUGAUGCAUUAUCUGAACUGAUCUAUUUUUAGAACAAGUUUCUUCAUGCCUGCUGUCCUUUCCGCAAGCGUGUAUUUCUGCUUAGCUGUAAGAUUCUCUGGUGUACAGCUCUUGCACAUUUCGUAUGGCUUUUUCCACAGUGCAGGGAUUUAAUUUGUGCAAUUAACUCGAAACUUAUGAGCUAUGGUUAACUAAAUGAAUCAAGUCUUACUAUGUUAAGUAUUGAUAUCUAGAAAGAAUUUUAUUGUGAUGGAAUGUUUAAAAAUUCCGUUUUGAGAUGUCA